GGUAAUAACAGGUGACGUGCGGAAUUGUGUGGAGAAAUAAAUUCACAGGUAAGUGACACAAUUAGGAUAAAACACUGGUCCUGGUAUGAGUAUCUGGCAGUUCCGAAAGUCUUUCACAACCUGUCAAUUACAGUACUGAAGAUAGAGCAAAUUUUUUCGUUAAAAAAAAUCAAUAACUCAAAAAAAAAAUGAUCAGGCAAAUUUAUGCAAAUUUGUGCAGCCUUCAGUGACAGUUACAGGCAAGUACAUUGAUUACAAAUCGAUAAGACUCACAGAACGAGUGAAGUUCAACGUUUAAACGUUGUACCAAUCACCGUGAAAUGGUAAAAAAUGAAUCAUCUUUUUCUCCACUUUUUCACACUGAUUUUGUUGAAUAGCUGCUGAUGUGCACCGAAUCGUGGUUUUUCGUAUACUAUUUAACAUGCAGAGGAGUAUUGUUCAGGAGACGAAAUCCCUGGCAUACACCGUAACAAAACGAGGAAUGAGCCAACGGUGUUUUUUAAGGAACCGAGUGGGGAUAAAAGAGUAGUGGUGGCAAACCCAAUUCUUUUCCCAUUCCCCUCAAGUAUUUCCCCCCCAUUUAACCCCGAAAACUACCGAAUCUUCUUCGCAUACAGUUCGAUAAAUUGCACUGAAAAUCCAUUUGCCACAUGCUUAUUGAUGAAUAUUCUACUUACAUUUCAGGUUCUUCCACGUUACGUGAUUUAUUUGCCGCUUUUUUUACGCUUUUGGAUCACUUGACUAGUUGACACGACACUUGACAGUGACAGUACGGAAUUAAUUCACUUGGGGAUGUUUUUUUAAUGAUCGAUUCAAUGACUAUUUGUUAUGACUUGUGAGAUUUACUGCCCAGGGUGUGACCACAACGUUAUUUUACUUCAACCACUCGCACGGUUAGCCGUCACUGAAAUCCGUCAAACGUGGGAAACAAGUCGGCCAUCUUGAUAAAACUGACCACCGCGAGAUUACAAAACGAUAGAAGUGACAUCUCAUGGCCUUUCGGAAUCAAUAUUCACCUGUCAGUGGGUUAUCUACAUUUAUUUUAAUAAUUUAUUAAUAAAUAUAGUAUUUGUUGUGUUAGACCACUGAAUGUUUAGUUGAUUUCUUGUCCCAAGUGUCAUUUUCUGCUGAAAGCUGUUCAGAAAAUUCCCGCACGUAGUAAUUUAUUCGAUACUGUACGCCGAAUAUAUUUGGUGAACUUCACCAGCUAAUUGUUAAAAAAAAUAACUAUCGACCAGUUAUAUCAAUAAACUAAUUACUGGUGAAAUCCUCAAAUGAUUUUUUCCGGGGGAGUAUGCGAAGGGCACCCGGGCGCCUCACUACGGGCCUGCCGGCGACCGACUCAAGAUUCCUAUAACCUAAAAACUAAUGUUUUCAGUGAGAAUCUACCUAAAGUAGAGUGUGAAUCCAUGUCUAAUCUAAUAGACAAUUUAAAAAAAUAUACAGUUGCUUACAAAUUUUUUGACAACUGCUCCAACACGAGAAAGUUACAUUUUUAGUAGAACUAAAGCCUUAGAAAACGAGUCGUCAAAUACACGUGAUAAAUUAGAGAAUUGAGAAGUCAUCAAGACAAAGUUAAUUGCAAUAGCACAUGCUCUAGGAAAACCACGUAGGACUGGCACCUUCUAUAGAAACAACUGUUGAACUUCACCUACGAUCUUCAUUGAUAAAAUAGAUCGGAGAUUUUUAAAAAGAUUCAAGCAUGACCGAAGCUGAACCCAAACGAAAAAAACUAAAGUCUUCCAUCCUGUCCGACACCAUCUCCACCGAAGAUUUCCAAUCCCUCUUCAGGACACACUGGCAGACACCCACCGCCCUAGAAGCCCCCAAUCUCGAGGUCAUCACAAACCCCUUUCGUGUCUGUAAAAUCUCAAACUUCUUGAGUAGCCAGGACUACCUGGGGGAACUGAUUGAUGAGCUAUUGUACCUUGAAACCACGCGACCUGAGACCGACCUCUACAGUUUCGAGCAAACGGAAGACCUCGCAAACGUGGAUACAGGCAAAAUAGCCCAACUCCACGAGUUGUUCAGAAAUGAAUUAAGACAUUGGAUGCAAACAAACACAGGAAUCGAGCUGAACACGAAGAUUUCAAUGUCUUCAACGGCCUACUCAGACACUGAUUAUCUCCUCUGUCACGACGAUCACCUGGGAGACAGAAGAAUAGCCUUCAUUCUCUACCUCUCCAAGGAUUGGGACGCAGAAGACGGAGGAUCCCUUGAUCUCUUCGACACAGAUUCAUGUGGACAACCGAGGAAUAUUAUUCGCUCCCUAGCCCCCGAGUACAACUCAUUAGUCUUCUUCGAGGUAUCUGACAACACUUAUCAUCAAGUGGCAGAGGUAACAUCUCCUGAUAAACGAAGAUUGACCGUAAAUGGUUGGUUCCACGGUCCCGUUGGCCCCGACACUCGUCUUCCAAGACCAGAAAUUGAAACGCCAAAGCUUCACGAGCCUUCAGCAAUCGCAGAGAGCCUCAUCAGUUCCUGGGUGAGGAAAUGUUACCUUGCCGAGAGCAUCAAGACGGGAAUCCAAGAGGAAGUGGAGAAGCAAUCCUUCACGUACCUCACAAAUUUUCUCGAGGAAGAUGUGUACAACAAAAUAUCGGCGGAGAUAAUGAGUGAGAAGAUUAAAUGGAUUAGGAUGGGGCCUCCAGACACGAGGAGCUAUGAAGUAGCUGAUGAGGAGAGUCUCCCAAGCACUUUAAAAAAAAUGUACGAAAUGUUCAAGUCGAUUGAAAUGUUCGGGCUGUUGAAGGAAUACACUGAACUGGAUCUCGUGCCCGAUGGCAAGGAUAUCAGGCCUAAAAUGACAAUUCAAUUGCAGAGAUGGACAAAAGGCUGUUAUACUUUACUUUCUGAUAAAGGAGAUCAAAAUUAUACUGCAAGCGAUGAGCAAGCAGAUAGGAAUGGAACCAACUCCAAGAAUUAUGAAAGAAGUGAGGAAGAUCUUGUGAGAGGGGAAACUCAGCACGAGGAAGUGAAUAAGUUGGGAAAGAAAAAAACUCUAGAGGGAGAAAACGGAAAAUUCCUGGAGGUGAACAACAGAAGAAUAGAGGAGGACCAGCCCAACAGCUCGACAGCUAAUGAUGAUGAGGGAGAAGAAAGAGUACUUUCUCUUGAUUCUGAUGACAUUCAGGGAUCUCACGCUUCAACGAAUGGUGAGGGCAAUGGUGACGAGGAUGAUGAUAUUUAUGAUGAGUCUGGUACUCUCGAUGUUAUCAUGCAGUUCAAUACCAGUGGAGUACCUGAGGAUGCGACUAUUGAUUACGUUGAUCCCAUGGAACCGGAUGGAGCAUUUAUCCAUGUACCUCCGGAGGAUAAUCAUCUUUGUUUGGUUUACAGGACCAGCGACACCAGCAGAGUGCACAAGUACGUUAAUCAUUACUGUGAGGGAUAUUUUUAUAAUCUCGUGUGUAGUUAUCUUGAGAAAGAGAGUAACGUCGUUAUCUCCAGAAAAGAAACAAAAAAUGUAGACUGAACAUUUAUUAAUUGUUUUUCUGGAGAUUGGUAGGUUGUGAAAAUGACAAAUAGGUGAAUAUUUACAUAAAUAUAUAGGAGAAAUUUCAUGCCAAAUGAUUGCAACGCUGUGCUUCACACUUUUCAGAAAUGGAAACGCUCUUUCCAUUUUUUUUAAUUUUCUCGACAGUACCUUUCGUAGACAUAAUUUUUUUGGUUAUUUACAACAUCUUAAUUGUUUUAUUCCAUGUUACGAACAUCGAGGACUGAACUAAUACUCGGAAAAGUGUUAUAGAUGAUAGAGAAUAAAAAAUGUUAGCGGGUCAUAAACAAAAAUCAAAUGAAUACAAUGGUUUUUGCUGUAAAAAAAAUAUGAUAUAUUUUUUAGCGAAUAGCUAUUUUAA